GCAAAGCAAAACUGCUGUAAAAGCUUCCUUUCGAGUUUGAUGCACGUUGUAGUAGCGACGUUUUUAGAAAUUUGACCAUGGAAAUAACGAACGGAGAUACAUGUGAUAGGUGGCAACCUGUUCGACUGCAUUCCACAAGUUAUACACCUAGCAAUGUUAAAGACGACUUGACUCCAAUUAUUUUUCUGCACGGACUAGGAUCGUCCAGUCUGACAUGGAACAGAAUUAUGCGGGUAAUUGCGGAAAAAACAGGGCGCCAAGUACAUGCUCUAGACUUGAGGAAUCACGGAAAAAGUGAGUGGGCCAAAAUUAUGACUAUAGAUUCUGUUAGAAUGGACUUGAAGAAUUUCAUGUCGACAAAAAAUAUUCCUAAGGCCGUGCUUGUUUCUCAUAGUUUUGGAUGUAUGCAAGCAAUGGCUUUGUGUUUAAGUGAGCCCCACCUGGUCGAAAAAAUAGUUGUUGAAGAAUGUAUAGUUGGGAAAAUACCAAAUGAGUCCAAAAGGUUCUUCCAAGCUUUGCUCAUGGUGAUGCAAAAGGCAGUUUCCCAUCUUCCACGUUCUAUGACAGAAAAAGAAGCGUACAACUAUGUAAACCAGUUCCUUCAAGACAACCAUCAAAAAUUUCAAGAAAACCUUGGUAUACCUUCUUAUUCGAAAAUGCCAAAAAUGGAAGUCCUCCCGUUUUAUAAAAACAAAGAAACCGGACAGUUUGAAUGGAGGAUAAAUCUGGAUGCUAUUGCGCAAUAUUUUGCAAAGGAGGAGACUUCAUUAGACCUAACGAAAGCUAUGCCGUUUGAAAAACAAAGCCUCUUUAUCUACGGAAAGUAUUCCUUCUUUGACGUGGAAGCAGAUGAGACUUGUAGAAAGAAGUUUUUUCCAAACUCACAGCUACAUAUAAUUGAAAAUGGAUCUCAUACAUUACAUCUUGAAUGUCCCGAAAAAUAUAUUGACCUGGUUGUAAAUUUUGUUCAAAAUGAUUGAAAAAUUAUUUCCUUUCAUAAUAAAAAUCAAACAGACUGUA